UAGCUAUUUAAUAGCUAAUGUCAUUCCUAUUGUCAUUCUGAUCAAAGCGGUUCGACUAGGUGCUUGUUCAGAAUGUUUGUUUGUGCAAUUUUAUGUAUUUUCAUCGGCUCUACAUUAGGAUAUGUGGAUAAAGAUUCUCCGCCGCAAUGGAGCAGCGUAUAUACCGUUAAAGGAUUGCUAAAUAUUCCUUACGCAGAACUCCACGAACCAUUCUACGCUUGGUUCGACAGUCAAAAUGGCAAAUCCCGUAUCGACUACUACGGCGCCAUGGUUAAGACUUACCAAAUGUCAUCGUCUGUUUAUCCGCAAUAUGGCACUUCGAUUAAGAUAGCUCCUGUGACAACAGAAAAGUUCUUGAACCACGAGACCUGUCUCCAAGUGAACGGGACCAGCGAUGAGAGCAUCAAAAUACAGUCAGUGUUGCCAGAUAUGUCCGACUUUAAAUAUAUCGGCACGGAAACAAUGCAAGACUCUGACACAUCAAAAUGGCGCAUGGUUCAAACGAUCGGCGACAAGGUCAACAAAUACACAAUGUGGGUCAAAUAUAGAAAGAGUUUGAGAGGAUCAGCCGUAGCUAUUCCCGUCAGGUACGAGAUGAAAGGCUUCAAUUCCCUCCUGGGUUCCCACUACGACCAUUACUAUAUCGACUACGAUGACUUCAAUGUGGACGAGAUUGAUCAAGAUGUGUUCAAAGUUGAUCCAAGUUUCAAGUGUGUGAAUUUCCCCGGUCCCGGUUCCCGUCACUUCGCCACCUUCAACCCGAUGAAAGAGUUCGUGCAUCCCGUUCAUGAUGCUCAUGUUGAUGACGAGUUUGAUAGGUUUAAAAUGAAGCACAACAAGCAAUAUUUGUCUGAGAUCGAAAACGCAAAAAGGAUAAACAUCUUCAGACAGAACCUAAGAUUCGUCCACUCUACCAACCGGGCUCGUCGUGGCUUCACGCUGGCCGUGAACCAUCUCGCCGACCGUACAGACGAUGAGUUGGCCGCGCUUAGAGGCCGACGGUUCUCCGGACCUAACCCCGGUCUCCCAUUCCCCUACGGCGAGGUCGAGCUAGAGGAAAUGAGUAACAAGUUACCUCCCGAAAUGGAUUGGAGGCUGUUUGGAGCUGUUACACCUGUUAAGGACCAGUCGGUGUGCGGGUCCUGCUGGUCGUUCGGCACGGUGGGCGCGGUGGAGGGCGCGCUGUUCCUGCGCAACGGCGGCCACCUCGUGCGCCUCAGCCAGCAGGCGCUCGUCGACUGCUCCUGGGGUUUCGGUAACAACGGCUGCGACGGCGGUGAGGACUACAGGGCGUAUCAGUGGAUCAUGAAGCACGGUCUGCCGACUGAGGAGGACUACGGCGGGUAUUUGGGACAGGACGGCUACUGUCACAUUGAUAAUGUCACAUUGGUGACAACAAUCAAGGGAUGGGUCAACGUUACCACCAAAAAUGAGAAUGCCUUGAAGCUGGCGAUUUUCAAGCAUGGACCGAUAUCGGUGGCUAUCGACGCUUCACACAAGACCUUCAGCUUUUAUUCCAACGGAGUGUACUAUGAACCUCAAUGUAAAAAUCAAGUGGACGAAUUAGACCACGCAGUCUUGGCGGUCGGCUACGGUGUUCUAAAUGGUCAGAAGUAUUGGCUGAUCAAGAAUUCAUGGUCUAACCUAUGGGGAAAUGAUGGUUAUGUACUUAUGUCUAUGAAAGAUGAUAAUUGUGGUGUCCAGGCGGCUCCCACUUACGUGUUAAUUUAGAUUGACAAUAACAGUGUGUAUGUCAGCUACGACAUGCAACUGGAGUUAACUCCUUAGAAUUUAAACUCCAAAAAAAAAAGGUAGAAAGGAGGUUUUUAUGUGAUAAGAAAACUAUUUUUUUUUUUUAUGAAAUAAUAAUAUGUAACUAAUAGGCAGAUAAUAAAGAAUCUCAUAUUAUGCUCUC